AUGUCGCAGCCAAAGGUCUUUACUGGAGAAGAAGUUGCAAAACACAAUACCAGGGAAAGUUGCUGGAUUGUCGUUCAUGGGAAAGUGUACGAUGUGACUGAGUUUCUGGAUGAGCAUCCUGGCGGUAGCAAGAUCAUUCUGAAGUACGCGGGGAAGGACGCAACCGAGGAGUAUGAGCCUAUACACCCACCUGAUGCCAUUACCACCAACCUGCCGCCCGAGAAACAGCUGGGUGUAAUAGACGAGAAGACGGUUCAAAAGGUCGAGGUGACGAUAACAAAGUCGGAGAAAGCACGUCUGGAACGUGUGUCUCGACGACCUCCCUUAUCGCAGAUACUCAAUCUCCAUGAUUUCGAGGCCAUUGCAAAAGCAACCAUGCCAGAGAAGGCCUGGGCAUACUAUUCGUCGGCAGCGGACGAUGAAAUCACCAACAGAGAGAACCACGCUGCUUAUCAUCGGGUUUGGUUCAGGCCUCGGAUAUUGAUUGACGUGACCAAGGUCGAUUGGUCUACUACGAUUUUGGGCCAUAAAUCAAGCAUGCCCAUCUACAUCACUGCAACUGCACUAGGGAAACUCGGCCACCCGGACGGUGAACUCAAUUUGACCAGGGCCGCAGCCAAACACAACGUUAUUCAAAUGAUUCCGACACUUGCGUCGUGCUCCCUUGACGAACUCAUCGAUGCAGCGCAGCCAGGCCAAGUGCAGUGGUUACAACUAUACGUGAACAAGGACAGGGAAAUCACCAAAAGGAUAGUUCAACACGCAGAAGCGCGUGGAAUCAAGGGUCUCUUCAUUACCGUUGAUGCUCCUCAGCUCGGAAGGAGGGAGAAGGACAUGCGAAUGAAAUUCGAUGCGGAUGAUCCAUCGGAGGUUAAGAAAGCAGGCUCCGAUGGUGUCGACCGUUCGCAGGGAGCAGCAAGAGCUAUUAGCUCGUUCAUUGACCCUGGAUUGAGUUGGAAGGAUAUCCCGUGGUUCCAGAGCAUCACCAAGAUGCCGCUUAUCCUGAAGGGUGUUCAACGAUGGGAGGACGCACUGAAGGCAUAUGAUCUCGGGCUUGCCGGUGUUGUGCUCUCCAACCACGGAGGCAGGCAACUCGACUUCGCGCGAUCAGGCCUAGAGGUCCUGGUCGAGGUCGUCGAACACCUCGGGAAGAAGCGAGGCCUGACCUUCCCGAACGAGAAGUUCCAACUGUUCGUGGACGGCGGUGUAAGAAGAGCCACCGAUGUCCUCAAAGCCGUUGCUCUAGGUGCCACUGCUGUUGGAAUUGGUCGACCGUUUUUGUAUGCAUUCUCGUCAUAUGGCCAGGAAGGCGUGGAGGCUGCACUCCAGAUUCUCAAGGAUGAAUUCGAAAUGAACCUUCGAUUACUUGGUGCACCUACGAUCAAGGAUAUUCAACGGGACAUGGUUGAUGCCUCCAACUUGCCUUCCCACGUAGCCAUCGUACCAGGUGACAGGCUUUACGAUUCGAAUUAUGAAAGUAUGCAAGUUGCGCGACUGGGCGAGGUCAAGGCAAAGCUCUAA